AUGAAUUUUCAGAGUUGCUUUCCCCCCAAGCAGGGUCUGCUUGUGCAGUCAGCCAUCAUCUUGUGCCAGAAUGUUGCCGAGCCCUCAAGAGGCAACAUCACUGAGAUCCUCGUUGUGGAAGCAGCUGCGCUGCCACUCCAACAGGACAUCGCCAAGGCCGCCAGCGGUCAUCAUCAUCAUAAUCAUCAAGUCUACAGAAGACAUCGACAUCACGGAGGGCAUCAUGGCCACGGGAAUUAUGGAGGGGGUCACAGACACCACGGUAGCGACUACCGGCACCACCACGGCGGCUACGGAAAGCGGGGCUAUCGCCGAGGAGGUCACAACUACAGAAACUACAACAACAAUCAUCACGGCCGCCACAAUUACGGAGGCUACGGUGGCCGCCACCACAGUUCCGACAACUAUGGAGGCUAUGGAAGACACGGGGGCCACUACGGUGGAGAUCAUUACAAGAACAGGGGACACCGCAGUCACGGCUACAAGAACGUCUACCACAAGGAAGAGUACGGAGACCACAAGACUUACUAUGACGACUAUCACGAAGGGGACCGCCAAAAGUAUUACAACGAUCACCAUAACUAUCGCGAUCACCACGGUGGUCGAGAAAACUAUGGAAAUCACCACAACCAGUACUAUGGAAAGCAGAGACAUGGGGAUGACCAUAAUCGACACGGUCACGGCUACUACAGCAGGCAUCACGGCUUCCACGAAGGCCAUGGAAAUCGUUACCACAGAGGCGGACAUGGAUACAAGCAAGGUGGUGGAGACUACCAUACUGGGGGCCAAGUCCAUUCGGGUCUGUGCCUUUCUCUCUUCCUAUUCUGCCUCGUCUCCCCGGCGGAGGGCAACGUCAAUGCCACUCGGCAAGUGGAGCUCGGGCAGCCGACCUCGGUGAACAAUCCAGAUCUGAAACCUGCUGCAACAGGAUAUGGAGGACACCACGGUGGCUACGGAGGCCACAAGAACUACGGGGGCCACCACUCUCAUGGUCGCUACGGUGGUGACUACAGACACCACGGAAACGACUACGACAACUACCAUGGACGGCAUGGUCGGCACGGGCACCAGAACCACGGGCACGGUUACAACCGCUACAAUAAUGAUCAUCACGGAAAAUAUGGCCACGGUGCCUACGGAGGCAAGCAUUAUGGCAACGAUCACUACGGCGGCCACGGUCACCAUGGUGGAAAAUACGGCAACGACCACUACAAGAGCCGAGGUCACAAGAACUACGGUCACAAGAACGUGUACCAUAAAGAAGACUCAGCGCAUCACAGCAGGUACUACGACGACUACCACGACGGGGACCACAAAAAGAAGUACAACCAACACCAUGACUACCACGACCACCAUAACGGGAGGCAACACCACGGUCACCAUCACAAACAACAUCACGGCCAGCAUAAACAGGGUGACGAUUACCACCGGCACGGCUACGGUCAGUACAAGAACCACCAUGCACAGCACGGAGGGCAUGGGCACAACCAUUAUCGGGGAGGAGGUGGGCACAAGUACGGAGGAGGAGGAUACCAUAGGGGCUCUCAUGAUCACUACGGGGGCCACAAGCAGCACGGUGGAGGACACGGGGGCGGCCACGGAGGAGGCGGACACGAAGGUGGCUACGCUAGCAACCGUCAACCAGUCUACGUCAUGGUCCCGGCCUACGAAACAAGUCUCGUCGCAAAGUUCCGUUGA